UCCCUCGGGGCUCUGCUUCAGCUCAGAGUGCCAUCCGAAGUGCCUAGUUCUGCGAUCAUCGGGGCACCAUGGCCCAGGAGCUGCAGCACCCGGAGUUCGCGAUCGCAGGCCGGCAGGCGGGGCUGCAGGUGUGGAGGGUGGAGAAGCUGGAGCUGGUGCCGGUGCCCCAGGGCGCCUAUGGAGACUUUUACAUCGGCGACGCCUACCUGGUGCUGCAUACCGCCAAGGCAAGCCGGGGCUUCGCCUACCGCCUGCACUUCUGGCUGGGAAAGGAGUGCUCCCAGGAUGAGAGCACUGCAGCUGCCAUCUUCACUGUCCAGAUGGAUGACUACUUGGGUGGCAAGCCAGUGCAGAGCAGAGAACUUCAAGGCUUUGAAUCUACCGAUUUUGUGGGCUAUUUCAAAGGAGGUCUGAAGUACAAGGCUGGAGGUGUGGCUUCUGGACUAAACCACGUUCUUACCAAUGACCUGACGGCUAAGAGGCUCCUGCAUGUGAAGGGUCGGAGAGUGGUCAGGGCCACCGAGGUUCCCCUCAGCUGGGACAGUUUCAACAAGGGCGACUGCUUCAUCAUAGACCUUGGCAUCGAAAUUUACCAGUGGUGUGGUUCCUCCUGCAACAAAUACGAGCGUCUGAAAGCAAGCCAGGUUGCCAAUGGCAUUCGAGACAAUGAAAGGAAGGGAAGAUCUCGAGUCACUGUGGUGGAAGAAGGAAGUGAACCUUCAGAGCUUUUAGAGGUUUUAGGCAAGAAGCCAGCUCUUCCAGAUGGAGACAAUGAUGAGGACACCAUUGCAGAUAUUAACAACCGGAAGAUGGCGAAGCUCUACAUGGUUUCAGAUGCAAGUGGGUCCAUGAGCGUGACUCUGGUGGCUGAAGAAAACCCCUUCUCCAUGGCAAUGCUGCUGUCUGAAGAAUGCUUCAUUUUGGACCAUGGUGCUGCAAAACAAAUUUUCGUAUGGAAAGGUAAAGAUGCUAAUCCACAGGAGAGGAAGACAGCAAUGAAGACAGCUGAGCAGUUUCUACAUCAAAUGAAUUAUUCCACCAAUACCCAAAUUCAGGUACUUCCAGAAGGGGGUGAAACACCAAUCUUCAAACAGUUCUUUAAGGACUGGAAAGAUAAAGAUCAGAGUGAUGGCUUUGGCAAAGUGUAUGUCACAGAGAAAGUGGCUCGAAUAGAGCAGAUUCCAUUUGAUGCCUCAAAGUUGCACAGUUCUCCCCAGAUGGCAGCCCAGCACAACAUGGUGGAUGAUGGCUCUGGCACAGUGGAGAUUUGGCGUGUAGAGAACAGUGGAAGGGUCCAGAUUGACCCAAACUCCUAUGGUGAGUUCUACGGCGGUGACUGCUACAUCAUCCUCUACACUUACCCCAGAGGACAGAUUAUCUACACAUGGCAAGGAGCAAAUGCCACCAGAGAUGAGCUGACCACGUCCGCAUUCCUGACUGUUCAGUUGGAUCGGUCUCUUGGAGGACAGGCUGUACAGGUCCGUGUCUCCCAAGGCAAAGAGCCUGCUCAUCUGCUGAGCUUGUUCAAAGACCAACCACUCAUUAUUUACAAAAAUGGGACAUCAAAGAAAGGAGGGCAGGCACCUGCUCCCCCUACACGCCUCUUUCAAGUCCGGAGGAACCUGGCAUCUAUCACCAGAAUUGUGGAGGUUGAUGUUGAUGCAAAUUCAUUGAACUCCAAUGAUGCUUUUGUCCUGAAGCUGAGGCAAAACACUGGCUUCAUCUGGAUAGGGAAAGGUGCUAGCCAGGAGGAGGAAAAGGGAGCAGAGUAUGUGGCUGACAUCCUCAAAUGCAAAACUGCAAGAAUUCAGGAAGGUGCAGAACCAGAGGAGUUCUGGAACUCCCUCGGAGGGAGUGGAGAUUACCAGACUUCACCACUGCUAGAAACGCAGGCCGAAGAUCAUCCACCUAGGCUUUACGGCUGCUCCAACAAAACUGGAAAAUUCAUUAUUGAAGAGGUUCCAGGGGAAUUCACCCAGGAUGACUUAGCAGAGGAUGACGUCAUGCUACUUGAUGCGUGGGAACAGAUAUUUAUUUGGAUUGGCAAAGAUGCCAAUGAAGUUGAGAAAAGAGAAUCGCUAAAGUCUGCCAAAACUUACCUUGAGACAGACCCUUCUGGAAGAGAUAAGAGGACACCAAUUGUCAUCAUAAAACAGGGCCAUGAACCGCCCACAUUCACUGGCUGGUUCCUGGCCUGGGAUUCCAGCAGGUGGUAAACUGAGUUUCAUAAAAUCCCUGCAAAUAUUUGGUCUCAUUGGGGGUAGCUGCCUCAUUUUGCUGUUGGGGAUUUGUUUACUUUUUGUUUGCUUGACUUUAGAAAAUUAGCUUUAGCCAAAUGGCUAUUGUUUAAAUGCCUAGUAUGGGCCUGAAAUUAUUUUUUAAAAGAAAUUGUCUUAUGCUACUAAGAAAUUGUCUUAUGCUACUAUAUUAAAUAACCUGAAGCAAACUUUUGUUUCAGAUCAAUAUUAGCGGCCCUGGAAAGGGACUAACACCUUUUUUAUAUAAAGUAAAAGACUGCUAUCUAGGGGUGUUUUUGAGGAAGAGAAUUUUAUAAUUCAGGAACCAUUAGCCAAACUUGUUUUUUAUGUGCUGGAGAAGAAAGUUGUAACACUUUUAAGAUUCUUCUCUUUUCUGGGCAUUUUCUUAAAAAGAAAUGUAUGUUUGCAGUAAAGUUUAUGUUAAGGUAGCUCUAACAAUGUCUUACUGUUCUCCUUUGCAAGUCACUGUGACUCUGAUACCAUUUACUCCCAAGUGUCAAUUUCAAAGAGGACUGUCUUUAGUCUUUGAAAUCACAGCUCUUUCAUGAUAAAGCAAAUUGUAUUCUUACCAGUUUAACUUUAUAUAUUUGACAAGACAUGCUUAAUAUCACAAAAUAUAUGUAUGAAAAGCUGGUUUUAUCAUUAAAAUACAUCUCUUUUUGAAAA